GGGGCCUGGGUUUCGGUGGAUCCUUAGUUGGAACUUUCUCUCCCGGAACCCUGAAUUCUUAUAAAUCGGCUUCCGUGCCGGCCUCAGUGUUGCGAUGGACCUUCUGGCUGCCUUCCGGGAUUCUUAAUAUAGCCGGCUGCUUGAGCCUCGGGUUGAUAACUACUGGAUCUGCGUCGUCCAGUAAGGUAGCCCCUGGGCACUGUGGCAACCCGAAUUAAAUGCUGCAAAUGUGAAAUUCAAAGCGGAUUUAAAGACGAUAUCCAAAAAUAGGCUAAAAAUAGGAAAAGACCAUGGAGGCAGAUAUAAUUGCAGAUCUUCGAAGCAAGCUUAAAGAGGUUGAAAAAGAGCGACUGACAGCUGCACAGUACGGUUUACAACUGCUAGAGAGCCAGAAUGAACUGCAGAAUCAACUGGAUAAAUACCGUAACGAAAUGAUGACCAUGACUGAGAGUUAUGAACAGGACAAAUACACUCUUCAGCGAGAGGUUGAACUCAAGAGUCGAAUGUUAGAAAGUUUGAACUGUGAAUGUGAAGCUAUUAAACAGCAACAGAAAGUGCAGCUGGAGCAGUUAGAAGAGCAGCUGAAUAGAAGCCACGGACAAGAAAUGAAUGAGCUGAAAGAUAAGUUAGAAAAACUGAAAGCAGAGUUAGACGAAGCAAGGCUUAGUGAAAAGCAAUUGAAACAUAAAGUAGAUCACCAGAAGGAACUCCUGGCUCAUAAAUCAGAGGAAAUACAGAUGAUGUCUGAGCGUGUACAUGAAAGCAUGUCUUCAGAAAUGCUGGCUCUUCAGAUUGAGCUGACUAACACGGAAAGUAUGAAGAACACCCUCAAAGAAGAAGUAAAUGAGCUACAAUACAGACAGGAACAACUAGAAAGUCUCAGUAAUAAUUUAAUGCGCCAGGUAGAACGUCUUAAAGAAGAGAAAGAAGAACGGGAGAAAGAAGCAGUUUCUUAUUACAAUGCCUUAGAGAAAGCUCGGGUAGAAAAUCAAGAUCUCCAAGUGCAGUUGAAUCAGGCACUCCAGCAAGCCUUAGAUCCCAACAGUAAAGGCAACUCUUUGUUUGCAGAGGUGGAAGAUCGAAGGGCAGCAAUGGAACGCCAGCUUAUAAGUAUGAAAGUCAAGUAUCAGUCCCUAAAGAAGCAAAAUGUAUUUAAUAGAGAACAGAUGCAAAGAAUGAAGCUGCAGAUUUCCACAUUGCUACAGAUGAAAGGAUCUCAGACUGAAUUUGAACAGCAAGAACGGUUGUUUGCCAUGUUGGAGCAGAAGAAUGGUGAAAUAAAACAUCUUUUAGGUGAAAUAAGAAAUCUGGAAAAAUUUAAGAAUUUAUGUGAAAGUAUGGAAUCUAAGCCUUCCAUACCAGGCAACUCUGAAGUUCUAGAAGAUAAAACCUAUUACACAGAUUUGCUUCAGCUGAAACUUGACAACUUAAACAAAGAAAAUGAAAGCACCAAAGGUGAGCUGUCCAUCCAGCGAAUGAAAGCGUUAUUUGAGAGCCAGCGGGCCCUGGAUAUUGAGCGAAAACUUUUUGCAAAUGCAAGAUGCCUUCAGCUUUCAGAAAGUGAAAAUAUGAAACUAAGAGCUAAACUAGAUGAAUUAAAGCUGAAGUAUGAACCUGAAGAGAAAACUGAAGUCCCUGUACUCAAAAAGAGGCGUGAAGUGCUACCUGUGGAUGUAACCAUCCCUAAAGAUGUAUGUGCCAACAAUGCCAAUGGGGAAGAAGUUUCUAGAUUCCUACCUCCCAAAGAGGAGGCAGAGUCCUGUCCUAAUAACUUAGAGGUUACCAGCUUGCAGUUGCAAGAACCGAUUUCUGCAAACACGCCCAUGGCCUCUUUCUGUCCUCACAAAGAUCUGCCAGUGGAUAUGCAGCCAAAGAAAGAAAAGAAAUGUGUGAAGCUCUUGGAUGGCCCAGCUGAUGCGGAGGCCUUGUGUGAAAGAAGCGGAGAUAGCCAGCACUCUCCCAGGUCAGUGUCCUUUUUUCUUCAGGGCAGCCGGCAGACCUCUUCGCCUCUUCUGUCUCGCUGCAUGAACUAUGCUGUUUGUUUCUUCAUCUAUCUCCUUAGCGUUGCUUGCAGGGUAAUCCCCCAGUUUCAUCUGCCUACCUUCAACUUUCCCAGAACUUUAAGAAAGACCAAAAUGAUUGCAAGAGGAAAAGACUCCUGAAUAAGGGAAUUGUAUUAAAAAGUUACACUUUUUUGUUUUAUGAAAUGGAAAUAUAGAUUAGUACUCACUGAGUAUUUUUAUUUUUUUGGUUUGAAUAAAUGCACUAUUAUUUUUCUUCUGGCUCAAGAGUAGCCAUGAAAGAAUGAUUAACUUACCUUCUUAGAGUGUUUUCCAGUAGUCCGAGAUAUUUUGUUUGAAAAAUGUAGAUGAAAUUUUUUAUGGCUUUUGAUGUUGUUUAUACUAAGCCUUCAAAAAUGGGCUUUGAUAUCUAUUUUGACAUUUUUUAGUAUCAAAGCUAAUUUAUGUUCAUUUUUCUAAAACUUCAAAGCCUCUAGUUUCUGCAAUAUUGAGUUUGUAACUAAAAGAGGAAGUGUCAGGCAUGCAUAUGUGAAUUGAUGUUUAGAAGGCUUUGUCCUUUAAACAAAUAAAAACAAUGAAAGUAAGAAAAUGAGAGAAAAGUACAUGCAGGGAGGAGGAGGGAACUGGCUGAAGCUGGCGCUCUGGAUGCAGAGCAGCAUGAAGGGUGAGGCGGGAACAGGGCGAGAAAUGGCCAGGGCAAUCAUUUUGAGAAAUGAUGAAGGAUGUCUUCACACAGUGCAGUCAUAGACGCAUUUAAAGUAACUCUGGCCACUUAAAACUGCCAUCUGGUGGUCUGUGAAUAGCUAACUUAGAUGAUCUGGAAGAACACAAAGAUGAGAUCUUUAAGUGCUAGGGCUACAUCAGUCUUAGAGAGAGGGGUACAGAAUCACACUGGACCAGUGUGCAUUUGACUAACACAAGACACGGCCGCUUCAUAUAAAAGGACCUCCGUGUAUGUUUUGUUUGAUUUAUCUUUCAGCUUUUAACGCUACUAACUAUAGUACUCAAUAAUGAGAAAACAGUAUUAGCUGCUAUUAUUGUUAUAAGGAAGACUUAUUCCCUUCCUUGAAUUUUUAUAUAAUGUUAUAACCAGUCAGUCACAUAGGUAAGAGGUUGAUAUUUUAGGAAAUCAUUCAAAUGAAUGAUAUGUGACGUGUAUACUUGGUUCCAAGGCGUCUGGAAAUGAACUCGGUUUAUGCUUGUUUAUACGUGAUGCACUUUUGUAAGUGUGCUUGGCGUGUGCAUAUUGCUGUAAGUCGGUUUCCAAAACUGAUCACUGUAGCACUUGCUAUCUCUGUUGCCUUUAUUUCUUUUUCUGCUCUUUUUAACUUGAAAAAAAAUGUAUGUAGCUAAUUGUUCGACUGAAUCAUACAUUGGAAAAUUUUCAUCCUGCUAUUUAAACAAAAGCAAAUAAAAUACCACAAAAUGUUUUUGUGUGUGUCUGUGUCCCUCUGCUAACUUAAGAUGUUUCCAACCUUCUGUUUUCUGCAUGCUUAACUUAGACACACAAUCAAAAGUAAUUUUAUGACAAUAAAGAUGAGUUUUAUUGGGAGCUUCACUAUUGCACGCUUUAUAAAUGUAAUUGACACUUGCCAUUAAAAAAAAAUCUUUACAAGUCUUUCUAAAUAUCUUGGCCAUUGUUUAUUUUUUCUUCACUAAUUCUACUAGCUGAAAGUAAAUUUGAGGUUAUUUUUUUUUCUUUUGUGUAGGCCAAUAGACAUCUACUCAUGCAACUCAGGAUUCCAUGUUAAUUUUAUCUUGCACUUAGCUAUUGUAUAUCCUGUUAACUUUAAAAUACUACUCUAGCAUUUCAUUUUAAUUUUUGUGUUGUAUGUGCUUCUCGGGAUAGGUAUCCUAUUAUAUAAUUGUUAAAUGUUGGCCUUGCUAGGCUUUGUUAAAAUCAACUUUAAAGAUAUUUGUUAGACAUUUUUAAAAAUUAAGCUAUUAAUGUAAGAAUUGUUUUAGAGGCAGUCAUUUACUAUUCUCUAUGGUACUGGAAUUACCUAUAACUUUUUCCUUGUAUACAGUUUUUAAAAUAUCACCAUGCCUCUUUGGAGGGCCAUCCUCCUUGGGAUUCUUUAGUUUUUCUUAACCUCAUUUGAAUUCAGAGUAGAUGCUUUGAUGCCUGUAGGUUAGCGGCUGAAGCACAGCUUCAGACAGAAGCUAAAGAAGGGACGGAAGCUGCAAGCAAGUUGGAAAAGGAGCCUUGUAAGAAAUUACACCCUAUUCUCUAUGUGUCCUCCAAAGCAACUCCAGAGACUCAGUGCCCUCAGCAAUAAAGACUUCUCUUUUACUGCGUGCCAAAGGCGACUGUGAAGCUUAGUUAAGAUUGUCAUUAUCUGAAGGACACUUCCGCGUGGAUUACUGACACCUACCCAUGUUUUCAUGAUUCUUUGAUCCAGUGCUGAAAAUGUGGUUGUGAUUCUAACCUGAAGAGAUUAACUGAUGGCCCUUCAUGGAGCUUCUGUGAGUCUCAGUGAAUAAACUGUUGAUGGAGGAAAAUGUUAUAAUUAAUAUGAAUCUAUCGGGUGCAUUGUGUCUGGAUUUUUAAAGUGAUGCGAACACUUAACCUCCAUUUGAAACCGUAUAUUUGAAAAGAGAACAUCUGAAAUCAUUAUAUUUUCCUAUGUACUUUUUAAUUUAGUUUUUCAGUGUUGUAAAAACAAGUAAUUUAAUUUAAAAAUGUGUAUUGUAUCAGGUUUUUGUCUAUGUUUAAAGAACCUAUUUCACUUUUGUAUUAUACUUUUGUAUGUAUAUGAUUUAGAGUUUGAGUCAAGCAUAUAAAACAAAUAAUUUAGAAAUUUAAAAUAAAAUUGCAAUAAUUUC